GCUGCCCCUCAGCGGCGAAGGGGCGGCGGGGUCCGGGCGCAGCCGUGCGGCGCCGCCAUGGCCUGUGCCUCCGGCCUCCGCCGGCGGGGCCCGCGGGCUCAGCGCCGUUCCCUAGGGGCGGGCGGGUGGCGGGGGAACCUUUCCCGCGGGGCCGCGCCGGGAGCCGCUGCCCCCCCCUUCCCGCCCCGGUUAUGAAACCGUGGGGGAGGGGCCGGCUGCCGCCCGCCGUCCUCGGCCGCGCCGGGGGAGCGGAGGCCGCCGGAGCGCAGUCUGACAGAAUGGCUCCGGUGAACCAGCCAAAGGAUAAGAAGCAAGAGACGACACAUGAGCAUUGGGCGGAAGAGACAAAAUCAGCUGGGAAGAGGAAACCAGACUACGAGGAACUAGGGAAUGAGCCACAAGCAAAGAAGUUGUUUGUGAGAAAAACAUCCAAACCCCCAGAGAAAAUUGGUUGGAGUGGAGGUGGGUCCGUGGUGAGAAACAACAGAGUCCUUUUCCAUCAGCUGGAGCGGCAGCGCAGCAUUGUUCAUUAUGUCUACCAGAACAUGCUGGGAGGCUCCAUUCGGGCACAGCUCAGACAGUGUCUGCAGCUGCCCUUUCUGCGUUCUCUUGCCUCAUACCGCCUCUUUCGAACAGCAAGUCCCUUUGACAGGAGAGUGACAUGCCUGGAAUGGCAUCCAACACACCCCAGUACUGUAGCUGUUGGUUCCAAAGGUGGAGACAUCAUCCUUUGGGACUAUGAAGUACUUACUAAAACCUGCUUCAUAAAAGGGAAAGGGCCAGGAGAUUCUCUUGGAGACAUCAAGUUCAGUCCUUAUGAGGCAGUGAAGCUUUAUGUGGCAUCAGGGGAUGGCACCCUAAGUCUGCAGGACCUUGAGGGCAGAGCGGUGCAGGUGAUCUCCCGUGCACCGGACUGUGGCCAUGAGCACCAUAAUGUUUGUUGCUGGUACUGCAGUGUUGAUGUUUCUGCAAGCUGCCGUGCAGUGGUGACAGGUGAUAAUGUGGGCAACGUGGUCCUGCUCAGCACUUCUGGUGAAGAGAUUUGGAAGCUGAAAUUGCACAGGAAGAAAGUGACUCAUGUGGAAUUUAACUCCCGAUGUGAGUGGUUGUUGGCCACAGCGUCUGUGGAUCAGACAGUCAAAAUCUGGGACCUCAGAAACAUCAAAAACAAAAUGAAUUUUCUUCAUUUGCUUCCUCAUGACAAACCUGUCAAUGCAGCUUACUUCAGCCCAACAGAUGGUGCCAAACUCCUGAGCACAGACCAGCGCAGUGAAAUCAGGGUUUACUCAUCUUCAGACUGGACCAAGCCACAGCAUCUGAUCCCACAUCCACACCGGCAGUUUCAGCACCUCACGCCUAUUAAGGCAACGUGGCAUCCUCGCUAUGACCUCAUUGUAGCAGGUCGCUACCCAGACCCCAAGUUCCCAGGGUACACGGUGAACGAGCUGCGAACUGUUGAUGUAUUUGAUGGAAACACGGGGGAGAUGGUUUGUCAGCUCCAUGAUCCAAAUGCUUCUGGUAUCAUCUCGCUCAAUAAAUUUAACCCUAUGGGAGACACGCUGGCUUCUGGCAUGGGCUUUAAUAUUCUGAUCUGGAGCCGGGAGGAGAUGGUGGCCAAGAAGCAAGAACACCUUUUGAAAGCCAUGACAGAACAGGGGAUUGGAAGCUGGAGUUUGUCCAGACGUGGAGGGCAGAGGCAGGCAAACCCUGGAACGAGCAAACUCAAAGCUAACUUACUGUCUUGGGAGCUGGAAGAGACGAGAGCAAAAAGCAAUGACUCUAAAUCACAGGGAAGGAAGCGAAAAGGGAAGGAUCUAGAGAACUGAUUUAGUAUUUUGAUCCUUUCUGGAUCACAGGGUACAAAUUCAGCGUUGGCAAUGGGCAGUAUAAGCUGUGCAGGGCAUUAGACUUGUACUUUGUCCUUCCUCCCUGGAUCUGAUCUUGCUUCCCUGAUUCCCUUUGCUUCUCCUUCUAGAAAGUUGUGUCAGUACUCAGUUCCUCCUUCAAGUGGAGUUACCACCCAUUUUCCAAGGCACUAGGGAAACCUUCAAAGAUGUUCUCAGAUCCUGCUGAAGUUACAGCUUCCAGCCUGCCACAUCUGCUUGUCAUCACUGUCAGAGAUUACCAUCUCCUGUAGUCUGCUGUUGAGCAGCUCAUGACAGGCUCCCCAGCCUGUUCUAGUCAAACUGAGCUGAGAAACCCUUUGCCAACAAAGUUAAUGUCCUGAAAAGGUAGAAUGUUCACAUGAGGCGAGGGGUAGCUUGGGUAGCCUAGGGAACACCAACCUCUCCCAUAUGCAAGCUUCUUGGAAAAGUGCAUCUGUCAAGAUCUCAGGCUUGGCCUAUUUUGUGCUUGCAGCUGUUUAACUAGAUCACAGGGAACGUGAUGAUGCCAGAGCUCUUUACCUGCCUCAUGGGAUGCAAGGGCAGUAUGGAGCCUGGAACCUACUGAUUCUGUAGUUUCUAUUUUCAGAGCUCUAGGCUUUUUCUUGCCACUGAUGAGGUAAUUUUUUUUUCACCCACACCUGUGUGCUUCAGAAUGUUGGAUAGAAGUGUUGUAAAGCAGAAAUGAGGAAUUUCUUUCAAACUCCCCUGCUCGGAGGCAAAUCUCAAGACUGCUGUUAAACUGAAAAGUUUUGCUUUGUCUAGUUUGUUUACAAGGCUGCCUGGGGGCCUUGCUGUUGUCCCAGAGGUUGAUGGAUGGGACAGGCUCCAGGCCUGCUCAGAUUCUCUAUGUUCACUUUUAUAGUUUUGCAGUAUUGGUAUUAAUAAAGUUUUGUACUAAACUGAAA